AUGAACAAGGUGAUCGGCGAGAGAUUCCUCGAGUGCAUCGCUCAUGAGCAGUCCCAGGAUACGGAGCUUACGGCGCGAUUGCUGGAGACCCUGCCUCUUUCUCAGUUAGUAUCCAAAGGGCUCGCAAUAAACCAUCUAACGCUGCAGAAUGUCAGAAGUGGGCUCGCUGGUAGGCUAUACGUGGAACUGGGCCCUGACACAGCCAUUGACCAAGAGAUUAUCCGUGGCGACGUCAGAAAUGGAGACUUGGUAGUCAUCCGGCCCUCUGGCGCCAAGAAGGACGCGUUCAGUUGUGAAGGCGUGGUUACCAAGUGCAGCGAGAAGUGUAUCACAGUUGCAGUAGAUGAAGCUCAGGAGAAAGAUGCACUAAACCUUUAUAGUAGCUUGCGGCUGUACCUGCUCAAGACGACGAACACCAUCACAUACAAACGAAUGCAGUCGACUCUGCGCAAACUCUGCGAGUUUGACGGCGUGCCACAAAACGAAGUCAUUCAGUAUUUGCUCGACGCUCCUGUUUUCACUUCACAGACGCAACCGCUCAAGGUAGACUUCUUCAACCCUGAUCUCAAUACAUCCCAGAAAAAGGCUAUUGAGUUUUCUUUGCAAAAUAGAAUAAGCAUUAUCCAUGGCCCUCCCGGCACCGGCAAGACGCAUACGGUUGUUGAGCUAGUUCACCAGCUAUAUAAUAAGGGGCAACGAGUUUUGGUCUGCGGUCCUUCAAACAUCGCGGUAGAUACGAUUCUGGAACGUUUGGCCAAAGUAAUGCCAGGCGAGUCGCUUCUGCGGAUCGGACAUCCUGCUCGUCUCUUGGAAAGUAACCUCAGCCACUCCCUUGAGGUCCUGUCAAAAUCUGGUGACGCAGGCGCCAUCACCAAAGACAUAUCCAAAGAAAUCGACGAUACUAUCGCCUCCAUCAAGAAGCUUAAGUCAUACAAGCAAAGAAAAGAGCAGUGGAAAGAGGUAAGAGAGCUACGGAAGGAGCUUAAGCUGCGAGAAAAAAAGGUUAUUUCUGAUUUGGUUCUUUCCGCUCGCGUUGUCGUGUCAACCCUUCAUGGAUCUAGUGCUCGCGAACUUGUUGAUUGUUACAAGCACACCGACCAUAUUUUUGAUACACUUAUAAUAGACGAAGUUUCACAAAGUUUGGAACCACAGUGCUGGAUCCCUUUGAUAGCACACUACAAAUCGGACAUCCAGAAACUCGUCCUGGCUGGCGAUGAUAAGCAGUUGCCCCCAACAAUAAAAACUGAGGACAAUACUAAGGUUAAAAACACCUUGGGAACAACACUGUUUGACAGGUUGGUGAAGAAGUACGGCGACAGCUUUCGGAACCUGUUGGACACCCAGUACCGUAUGAACUCCGAAAUAAUGGAGUUUUCAUCCAUAAAGAUGUAUGACGGUAAGCUGAAAGCAGCAGAUUCAGUGGCGUCCUGGACAUUGGUCGAUUUGCCCGCUACUGAGUGUAAUGAGAAUACCGAAGUUCCGUUGAUUUGGUAUGAUACACAGGCAGGCGACUUUCCAGAGAGGGCAGAAGACCAAGACUCUGGAAGCUUGGUUUCGUCCAAGUAUAACGAAAAUGAAGCUUUUCUUGCUCUCCAUCACGUAACAAGCCUGAUAGACAGUAAUGUGCCACAAGAAUGUAUUGGAAUUAUAUCUCCUUAUAAUGCGCAGGUUGCAUUUCUCAAGAAAACAGUCCACCCGCAAUACCCUCUCGUUGAAAUAUCUACUGUUGAUGGUUUCCAAGGAAGAGAAAAAGAAGUUAUUAUACUGUCCUUAGUUCGUAGCAACGAUAAGUUCGAGGUAGGAUUUCUUUCUGACCAAAGGCGUCUUAACGUGGCAAUGACUAGGCCCAAAAAGCAGCUCUGUGUUAUUGGUAACAUGGAGACUUUAGAACGUAGCGGGAUUGAAUACCUUAAAGACUGGGUAAGGUGGUCCGAGGAGCAUAGCGAAAUUAGAUACCCUGACCUGAGCGAAAUCCUGUAG